AUGAAGCUGCUGAAUGCUGCUGUGUUCUUUACUCUUCUGCCCACUUUAACGCCAGCUUUGGACCCUCUCAGCACUUCAAUCUUCAUGGGGAGUGCUGCUAUGGUUUGGCAGCUCCUCUCCCCUCACUCCUGGCUCAAGUGCAGGCUCCUGGAGUGUUGCAAUAUGAAGGACACACUGAACUUCUCAGUUCUAAAGAGGGAUUUGGAACGAAAAGUCUUUGGCCAGCAUCUUGCUAUCCAGAUAAUUCUGAGAGCUCUGAGCACAAACAUGCACUCCAAACAGCCUAGAAAGCCCCUGGUGAUGUCCUUCCACGGCUGGACUGGAACAGGCAAAUCCUUUGUCAGUAGUAUCAUUGCAAAGAACCUCUAUCAGCUUAACAUACCAAGACGGAGGUUCGUGCAUCACUUCAGCACAGUCCUGCACUUCCCACACCCUUCACAUGUCCAGCUCUACAAGGAGCAGCUGCAGAACUGGAUUCGAGGCAAUGUCAGUGCCUGUCCGAGGUCCCUUUUCAUCUUCUCUGAAAUGGAUCAGAUGCCACAUGGCCUGAUAGACUCCAUCAUGCCAUUCCUUGGCUACCAUGAAGAGAUUGAUGGUGUUUACUAUGGCAAGGCAAUCUUCAUCUUUCUGAACAAUGCAGGUGGAGAUAAGAUAACAGAGAUGGCUCUUGAUUACUGGAGGAGGAUGAAGAGAAGAGAAGACAUUCCCAUGAAGGAGCUCCAGUCUCUGCUCUCAGAGGAAAUCUUCAGGAACAGAAGCAGUGCUUUCUUUCACAGUCAACUGAUCCAGAAGAACCUGAUUGACUAUUUCGUCCCUUUCCUUCCUCUGGAAUAUAAACACGUGAGGCAGUGUGCCCGGGAGGAGCUGCGUGUGCAAGGGCAUCCUGAGGAUGAAGACCUCAUCUCAGAGAUUGCCUUGGCAAUGACUGACUACCCCAGUGAGGAAAGACUCUACUCCAGCAAAGGCUGCAAGACUGUAGCCUCCAGAGUGACUCUGAGCAUCUAGGCAUCAAUAGGCUGAAUGCCUCACCUUCUGGUUACGAGACCACAGCAGGUGGAAGAACCAGUAACUCCCUUUCCCCUCUGUGCAACUCAGUCUACACACCAUUCCUUGAAGGGAUUCAGGCUGUCCCAUACCUGAGGCACCUUCUGUAGAGCCCUUGAAUAAGCACACAGGACAUGGCAACAAUCAUGGUGUAGAGUAAGCAGAGGAGGGACAUGUGUGAGGAGGUUUGCUCUCCUUGACAGACAAACACUGCAAAUACAAGUACUUUGAAGCAGAACAU